AGACAAACGCUCAAUGUUCGGGGAAUCCUCUGAGGAACGCAAUAAGCAUCUUGCGUCUAAUUAGUUCACUUCAUUCAUCUGUUGCGGCAGAGAUGCUCAAAAUAGUGCUCUCAGUUUUCCUGUACGGCUUGAUUGUCAUAGACGUGACUGGAGCGAGCCUUGAAAUCAACCAGCCAUGCACCACACCCAGUGGAAGCCACGGUCGAUGCGUGCUCGUCAGAACCUGCAGUUUUAUACUUAAAAUUUUCCGCAACCAAGUGUCUAAGGACGAUGCACUUUACUUGAAUAAGUUCCGUUGCGGUGACCUGCCGGAUGGGAGAGCACUAGUUUGCUGCCCGGAACUGGGAAGUGAAGUAAAUUGUGGACGUCUUACGCUGGAGAAUCACAUCCUAGGUGGUGAGGAAACCGAACCGGAAGAGUAUCCCUGGACGGCAUUGCUCGUAUACAAAGAUCCGCGGGGGCGAAAAAGGUAUGGCUGUGGCGGAACACUGAUCAACGAACGAUACGUGGUGACUGCUGCACACUGCGUAGAGAAUUUGCGCGUCCGUAAGCUGUAUAAAGUUCGUCUUGGAGAAUGGGACUUGGAUGAAACGAAAGAUUGCAGCGAAACCAGAUGUUAUGUGGAAUACCAGGAUGAUUAUCCAAUAGAGAAAGUCAUAGUACACGAGAACUACUUAUCCAGAAAUCUAAAUCAAGUCAACGAUAUCGCUCUUAUAAAGUUGAAUAAAACUGUAGAACGAACGGAACUUGUUGCUCCAAUAUGCAUACCCACACCUGAGAUGGACGGUUCAAUAAAACUUGAAGGAGGCUUGUUCGAUGUGGCAGGCUGGGGAAGUACCGAAACAGGACUUCCAAGUCGCCGAAAGAUGAAGGUUACCUUGCCGGGGCAGACAAUCCAGACGUGCAACCGAGCGUUUACAUCCGCCAACGUAACCUUCACCGAGUUGCAGCUCUGCGCCGGAGGUGUAGAAGGGAAGGAUUCCUGCAAAGGUGACUCCGGUGGCCCGUUGAUGAUGAUCAUGAACAAUCGAUGGCAUCUGGUGGGUAUCGUCAGUCUGGGGGGCAAAAUCUGCGGUGCGAAGAAAAUGCCGGCCAUUUACACACGAUUCGGGAAGUAUUUGGAUUGGGUGGCCGGUAAGAUUGAGUGGGAAAACCGGGAAAAUUGAACUGGAAGGCUGCAGAGGUGUGGCCUAUGAUUGGCUUGAUACACUUAGGAAUGAACAUUCCUAAAUAUUUAGAAAUAAAGAAAACUAAAUUGAAGAAC